UGGUUUGGCGCCGAUCUGGACGGCAGCUGAAGGAACUGGGCCCCCGCUGUCAUGUCUUUUCUGCUGCGCGGGGUUCGCCCCCUGGGCGCCCGGGGUUUCAGUCUCCGAUCCGGCCCGCGUUGCUCCAGGAUGUUCGGUUCGGGCUCCUUGGAAUCCCCGCCGGGCGGCUCUUCCCGUCGGGGUGAUGGUCGGUGGCAGCGAUCAGCGUUCGCCUGGACUGCGGGAGCCACAGCGGUGCUGGCCGGGCUGGGACUGGUGCGGCGGGCGGAGAUGAAGGAGCAGCCUCGGCGGCAGCAGCAGCAGCAAAUACAACCGGAAAAGCCGUGGGGAAAGGAGGAGGAGGAGGAUCUGGCGAGGCUGUGCGAGAGCUUCAUGGCUCCUCCGGUGAGCGGACUGCGAGAGCUGCGCGACCGGCGGGGAGACAUGCGAAGUCGCAUGGAGCUGCUCAUCAUGGAGGCGCAGAGCCAGGUGUGCAAGGCGCUGGCCCAGGUCGACCGCGGCGCCGCUUUCACCGUGGACCGCUGGGAAAGGAAGGAAGGUGGUGGAGGCAUCAGCUGUGUCCUUCAGGAUGGCGAAAUCUUUGAGAAGGCUGGUGUCAAUGUUUCAGUUGUUUUUGGACAUCUUUCUGAAGAAGCAGCUCAGCAGAUGAGAAGCAGGGGAAAAUCUCUAAAAAGUGGAAAAUUGCCCUUUUGUGCUAUGGGAGUGAGUUCUGUCAUUCAUCCAAAGAAUCCUUACAUUCCCACUAUACACUUCAAUUACAGAUACUUUGAAAUUGAAGAGGAAGAUGGUACUAAACAAUGGUGGUUUGGUGGUGGAACAGACCUUACACCAACUUACUUGAAUGAAGAAGAUGCUAUUCAUUUUCAUAAAACUCUAAAGGACGCCUGUGAUCAGCACAAUCCUGAGCUAUAUCCUAAGUUCAAGAAAUGGUGUGAUGAAUAUUUUUACAUCAAGCACCGUGGAGAACGGCGGGGAAUAGGAGGCAUCUUCUUUGAUGAUUUGGACUCGCCUUCAAAGGAAGAAGCUUUUCAGUUUGUGCAGAGUUGCACCAAAGCUAUUGUGCCUUGUUAUAUUCCCAUUGUGAAGAAACACUCACAGGACAAGUUCUCACCAAAAGAAAAAUUAUGGCAGCAGAUCCGUAGAGGGAGGUAUGUGGAAUUCAAUCUUGUGUAUGAUAGAGGCACAAAGUUUGGCCUUGCAACACCAGGGUCAAGAAUUGAAAGUAUUCUUAUGUCUCUGCCACUUACUGCCAGGUAAGAUCAUAACUGAAAUAGAAAAACAGGUUUGUGGGAUAGUUUAAUGAUAAAAAAACAAAUGGGUUAUAAUUGCAGUAGGCGUAAAGCCAUUCUCUCGAUCUGGCCUUCUGAAGGGCCAUGAAGACCAGAUUCUUCUCCCAAGCAUUGGACUAGGAUGGGGAUUGAAUUAAGUGUCUGUUUGGCUGGGGAGAGGGACACAGUGGCUCAGUAGCUAAGACGCUGAGCUUGUC